AUAUUAAAUUUCGUACCACUACAACAUUUCAUAUCUUCUUCUCUACUACUACUACUACUAUACUACUAGUUGUUGUAGAGUCCUAUUACUAAAACUAAACAAAUCCCUCUUAGGCAAUUCUCAUCCGAAACUAAAGGAAAAAUGGUUACCGUCGAGGAAGUUCGCAAGGCUCAAAGGGCUGAGGGCCCCGCUACCAUCUUGGCCAUCGGCACGGCCACUCCGGCCAACUGCAUCCUCCAGAGUGAGUACCCGGAUUACUACUUCCGCAUCACCAACAGCGAGCACAAAACUGAGCUCAAGGAAAAGUUCAAGCGCAUGUGUGAUAAAUCCAUGAUUAGAAAGCGUUACAUGCACUUAACUGAGGAGAUCCUUAAGGAGAAUCCAAAUCUUUGUGCCUACGAGGCACCAUCGUUGGAUGCCAGACAAGACAUGGUGGUGGUCGAGGUGCCUAAGUUGGGCAAAGAGGCUGCUACCAAGGCCAUCAAGGAAUGGGGUCAGCCCAAGUCGAAGAUCACCCACGUGGUCUUUUGCACCACCAGUGGUGUCGACAUGCCUGGAGCUGACUACCAGCUCACCAAGCUAUUGGGGCUUCGACCCUCGGUCAAGCGUUUGAUGAUGUACCAACAAGGAUGUUUCGCCGGUGGCACGGUCCUCAGAGUCGCCAAGGACUUGGCCGAGAACAACAAGGGUGCUCGUGUUUUGGUCGUCUGUUCUGAGAUCACUGCCGUCACUUUCCGUGGUCCUAACGACACCCACCUCGACAGUCUCGUGGGCCAAGCCCUUUUCGGUGAUGGUUCGGCUGCUCUCAUCAUUGGUGCUGACCCAAUUCCAGAGAUCGAAAAGCCCAUUUUCGAGUUGGUCUCGGCGGCCCAAACAAUCCUCCCUGAUAGUGAUGGUGCCAUCGAUGGGCAUCUACGUGAAGUUGGGCUCACAUUUCAUCUCCUCAAGGAUGUUCCUGGGCUUAUUUCGAAGAACAUUGAGAAGAGCUUAGUCGAGGCCUUUAAGCCUUUGGGUAUCUCUGAUUGGAACUCACUUUUCUGGAUCGCACACCCUGGUGGCCCAGCUAUUUUGGACCAAGUAGAGUCCAAAUUGGCCCUCAAGCCCGAGAAACUACGAGCCACUAGACACGUGCUCGGUGAGUAUGGUAACAUGUCAAGUGCUUGUGUGUUGUUCAUUUUGGAUGAGAUGAGAAGGAAGUGUGCUGAGGAUGGGCUCAAGACCACUGGAGAAGGACUCGAAUGGGGUGUGUUGUUUGGGUUUGGGCCUGGGCUUACUGUUGAGACCGUUGUGCUUCACAGUGUGGGUAUUUAGAUAUCUAAUGGGCUCGAUGGGCCCAUUGCUGUGCUUUCUUCUUUUCCACUUAUUGUUUGUAUGCCUGUAUUGGUUCUUUUUGUGAUUGUUGAUUUUGAUUCUGUGAGGGAAACCCCACAGUAGUCUUGUCUUCUUAAUGGUCUUGUUGCUCACUGUACUUUCACAGCCUAAGGGAUUUGUAGCAACUUAUUAUAUAGUGAAGAAUAAUAUGCUCCAUUUUUUUGGAGUAAAGUGUCAAUUUCA